UUUAUUCGAUCCGAAAGUACAUAUAUCAAAGAGAUCUUUCUCUCUGCUUUUCUUCAUAUUGUGACCCAUUGUCAAAUUGGAGAAUAGUCCUGAUUGGCGGUAUUUGCGGAUCUGUCUGAUGGAUCGAAGAACUAGUGCGACUGCGCUGAUGAGCGUGAACAUCCACGAUCCAUGUGCAUGUCUAACCUGUACAUUCUAAGUAUAUUUUAUUGUCUUCAGUAUAUUUUGAAUUAAUUUUUUGCAAUGGGGAAGCAAAAGCGACAGCGACAUAAGUCUCACAAGGAAAAUCCUACUGGAUUACCCUCCGUCAAAGAGUUCGAAUUGAAUGAGGAAUUUAUGGAGGGUGCCAGGGAAAAGGUUUUGCAGAAUGCUUAUGGAGAUGUUCAAUCGUGUCAUCUUGAGGAGAAGUUGUCUGCUUUGCAAAUAUUGGCAUCAAUGUCAUGCGAUUCCUCUAUGGCCAAGCAGAUUGCUAAGGAUGGAAUAGCAAAAAUAAUUGGACCACUAUUGAUGGAUCAUAAUGCUGCUAUACGAGCUAAUACUGCACAAACUUUGAGGGAUAUUGCUGAAAAUGGUGGAGAAGAUGCAUAUACUGAUUUAAUUAAGGAUGACAUUAUGACUCCACUGAUUGCAUUAUUGAAAGAGUAUUCAGAUUGGGAACCAAAAAAAACAGGAGAUGAGAAAGAGACAUUUGUUCAAGCAGUUGAUUUGUUGCGAAUAUUAUGUGCAAAUAAUGAGAGUGCACUCAAAUGUGUUAAUGAUGAGGAUUUAGCAUUGCUCUUAACCAAGUUUUUAGAUAUUAAUAUUUAUGGAAUGGAAAUUGUUACAAUUACUAUACAAUGCAUGAUAUGUCUAUCGGAUGAGAAUGACACUGCCAUUAAGAAAAUCAAAGAGAUUGAAUCAAUUUUAUUCAAUCUGCUGGACUUGAAAACGGACGAUGAAAAAACUGCUUCCAAAGUACUAGCCCUAAGAACUUGUGUAGCUAAUCUAUUAAUUAAUAUAAAUAAUUAUGCAGAUAGUAAUCAGAUACAUGUAUUUUGCAAAGUGUUAUCAGUACUUUCUGAAGUACUUGCUGUUGAUCAUAGACAAGCGCUAUCUUGCUUAACAUCUAUUUUACCUCAUGAAAAUAACGCUGUCUCAAACGAUAAAAGAAAAAAGAUAUAUGAAAGUAAAAAGAUGUUGGAGUUGCAAGAACAAGCCUUGCAGAUUUUAGCAAAUUUAUGCUAUGAAGACGAAGACAGUGAAAUCGAUUCUGACAUUGAUACUUCUGAGAUAAUGGAGAUAGUAGAGUCUGAAUGUUUGGACGAUGAUUCUAUGGAUGACAAUUUGAAAAUGACGUCGACGUUUCCAGUAGAGCUAGUUGAAAUUGUAAACAAUGGUAACUUAAUCGAUAAAAUUUGGGAUAAGACUGUCCUCAUAGUAGAUAAAGAUGUGCAGGAAAUACUGAAUCAAACCGCGGAAGGUAAAGAUAUAGUGAAACAGAGUCAUGAUAUUCGAUGUGCAGCUUAUUUAUGUCUAAACAAUUUAUUACCCAACAUAGAAAUUGAAGUUUUUGGUGGCGUUGAUAAUUUGUACAGAAAAUGGCUGGAAAUCGGGACGGUUAUAUUUAAAGACGUUACUUCGAAUGAUAUAGAACUUUUGGAAGCAGCUACUGCCGCCAUGAGAGCCAUUCUUCAACAGUUGGCCGAGGUGCGGGCAAACGUCUUUAAACAGUUAACCAUUGACGACGUUCAGCCGAUGUUAAACGGCGCACGUCAAUGUUCCAACGUGAGUGUCCGAGUUAAUUUGAUAAGGAUGCUCUGCAAUUUGGUACAGAUCCUGAUGAAUAAUAAAAACUCUGAGGAUCACGAAAUGAUAAAGUUUAUUUCCACGUUCUUAUUGAACAUCUGUACAACGGAGACUCAAGCGUGGGUUAUGGCGGAAUCUAUAGACGCACUUAUGGACAUAUAUGCAGAGGAUGAGACCGAUUGUUUAGCAGCAGAAAUCGAAUUGGUGCCAAAACUGCUAUCUUUAAUACCACAUUUUAAAAGCAAAGUGCGACAACAGAAAAAACAGUUAAAAGACAGCAUGUCAGUAGUAUCGACUGUAAAUGCAAACUUAACAAGGUUUAUAAAAUAUAAACAGAAGCAAAUAAGAAAUCUUAGGCAAAAGAGUUGAACAAAACUGUUAAAUGAUUAUUUAACGAAAAAUGAACUAUAUAGAUCAUGAGAUUGGAGAUAUUUUUACAAUAAAUAAUUUAUAAAGCA